GAAAAAAGUCGUCACUGGUGUAGCAUGGAUGUUGCUAACAACCCAGCACAGUGACUUGGCUGAGUUAACUGCUGCCAUUGAUGAACUGUUUGAUUUCUUCAGCAGCUGAAGCAUGAUGACUGCUGUCAGAGCCGCCAGGUGUUCCCUCAGACACUUCAGGAGCAUCUCUAAUUCUUCCAUGGACUCAAGGUAUUCGAAUCAUUUAAAUUCUUUGAGUCCUCGUGAGUUGAGGCUGUUGAUCAGGCAGGAAAACCCCAGGAUAAGAACGACAACUGGAUUAGCUAACGGUUACCAGCAGGCUAAUGUUGUCAUCCUGCCCAAUCAUCUGGCCAAUGACUUUGAAGCAUUCUGUCGCCAAAACCCUGCCCCCUUGCCACUCCUUUAUCGCAGUCAAUCAGGAGAGACUUCCUGUCUGCCUCUUGCUGAAAAUGCUGACAUAAGGACCGAUGUUUCUCAGUACUGUGUGUAUGAAGAGGGUUGCCUGGUGAAAACAGUCUCUAAUCUGCAGAGUUACAGCACUCAGUCAAGUAUUGCACCAGAACUGCAGGCUGCACAUCAUGGCCCAUGGUCAAACAUGGUGUGUUUCUAUCUGGGCUGCAGCUUUGGCUUUGAGGGCCGACUGAAGAAAGCUGGAGUCCCUGUCAGGAACGUGGAGCAGGGCACAAAUGUCAGCAUGUACAGGACUGCAGUUCCCUGUAUUCCUUCAGGACUGUUCAGCUGCCCUUUAGUGGUCACAAUGCGUCCUGUUCCAGCUGGCAUGUUAAAUGCAGCAGUGGAGGUUACUCAUUUCAACCCACUGGCACAUGGAGCUCCUGUACACAUAGGAGACCCAGCUCUCCUAGGUAUUCGUGACCUGUCCAGACCAGACUAUGGAGACCCAGUAGAUCUGCAGCCUGGUGAUGUCACAGUGUUCUGGGCCUGUGGAGUGACUGCUAUAGAGGCAAUACUGAACAGCAAGCCUUCUUUGGCAUUUAGUCACUCACCAGGCUGCAUGUUCCUGACUGACAUUCCAGACUCCUCCUCCUCUUCCCAAACACCUUCACCCUCUGACAGUGUAAAUCCAUCCAUCACGGACCCCAGUCCUGAACUGAUCCCUCUCUGCUUUUUGGUAUCCCAUAAUCCCUUAUUGUACAGUUUGGCAUCUCAGAGGGCCGUGGCAAAAAUCAGACACCUGGAGACGAUUAUUGGAGAGGACCCAGGUGAACGAGGGAUUAAAGCUUUAUUUGUUCAGGAUGAACUUCUGAGCUCUUGUCUGGCACUUUCCCAUGCAUCCUCUGUUGCCAUAAUAACCGGCUUCCCUGCAAACUACGAGUACAGCCCUCCAGAAGAGACUGACGGCCCGCCUGGAGCCAUUGCCAUGGCAACCAUGCUGCUAUCGCUAGGGAAACGGGUGACAAUGGUGACAGACAGAAGAACCCUGGACAUGAACCAGGCCAUCAUUGAUGAAGCUGUAAGGACAGGUGUGCUGAAAACUGCAAUCCCAUUGGUCACGUUUGAAGACAGGGGCCCAGAUUCUGCACUUCAUUUCUUAUGUCAACAAGGAGACCCCAGCAAACCCAGGUACGACCACCUUGUGGCAAUAGAGCGCAGUGGACGUGCUACAGAUGGAAAUUACUACACCAUGAGAGGAGUAAACGUCAAAUAUCUGGUCGAUCCUAUUGAUAACUUGUUUAUUGCUGCCCAGAAUCUACCAGGAAUUACUACCACAGGAAUCGGUGAUGGUGGUAAUGAGUUGGGGAUGGGUAAACUGAAGGAAAAGGUGAAGGCCCUAAUGCCCAGUGGGAGUCUCAUAGCCUGUGAUGUUCCUGCUGACUACGCUGUCACUGCUGGGGUGUCUAACUGGGGAGGAUAUGCUGUGGCCUGUGGGCUCUACCUGCUCCACACCUGCCCUUCCCACCAGCGAUAUCUAAAGAGAGGACUGGGACUGGAAUACACAACCCCCCAAGAACAACUCCAGGACUGGACUGCUAACCUGCCAUCUGUGGACAAGGAGGAGUCUAUCCUUUCCACUCUGAUGAGUUUUGGGAUAAGGAGUGGAAAAACUCGUCACCUGGCCAUGGAGGUGGAUGGUUUGACCUUUCACCCCACGCACUCUGACAUCAUCACCAGACUACUGGAGGUCACACUGAGCUCCACCACUUCAAACCCUUAAUAAACGUAUCCUGUCCAUUGUCAGUAGUAUCAUUGUAGCACACAGCUGUAUGUACACCAAGGCGGUCACAGUGAUGCUGCUGGUGAUUUUGUGUUUUGACUGCUGCAAUUUCCCAGCUUGGGAUAAAUAAAGUAUAUCUAUCUAUCUUGACACUCCAAGCAUAGGUCCAGUUUAGUUGCAGUUAAAUUCAGUUAAAUCCUUUUAAUUCCAGUCUCUGCAUUUGCUCGAGACAGGCGUCAUCAUCAACACAUUGUCACUAACCCCUCCCACAUCUUAUUACACCUGGCAUUAACAUGUGACCGGUGGGGAAACUCCAACCCUCAACUGACCAGUGGUGUAAUCAUCUGUCACUUAGAAAGUCAGUGACAGAUGUUCAGGUGUAUAGGGCUGGCCACUUUAGUGCGGUCCAGCCAGAAACAAUAGAAUGCAUGGCAAUAUUUAGGAGCACGGAUGUGUCCUGGAGACUCACUCAGGCAUAGGAGGGAUAUAAUUACAAAUGCAACAUGUACCCUGACUCCAGCAUUAAAGAAGAAGAAACAGAUUUGCAUGCAUUGCAUACAGCUUACUUUCUGCACAUGGCUGCUCAAUAGUGUCAAAAAACAUCUUAAUAUUCCAGCAUAUUUUAAAGGACUAACCAUGUGGCCUGCUUAUAAUGCAAUAAAUAGUGUUUUUAUUUUGGUGAUGAUCAAAGGUGAAUGGACUGUAUUUAUGUAGCGCUACAACACAAGCCUGCAUCCACCCAUUCACACAAUGGUGGCUAGGCCACCUGCUCAUUGUGAGCAUUGACACUGAUGCACAGCAUCAGGAGCAACUUGGGCUUCAGUAUCUUGCCCAAGGAUACUUUACAGCCUACAUGUCAAAGUAUCAAGGGAUCAAACCACCAACCCUCUGAUAGUUGAUGCUUCAUGAACAGGCUUUUAAUGUGAAGUCCUGAACAACACUUUAACAGUGCCUCAAUCCUAAAGCAAACAUUUCACCUGUAAAAGAGGGACCUGGAAUAUCUGCCACACACAGUAUGUGAUGAUGAGACAUUUUUAAAAAUGGAUGCUUAUGAUGCAGCUUACAAAAUGAUUGUUUCUUAAAAAUGCUCCUUUUUACAGGCAACGUUGUGAAUUGUCAUUCAGUAAUUGUUGAAUGUGGUAAAAAAAAUUGCAGGAAUCAACACUUAAUUUCAAUUGUCAGGAAAAAUAUUUAGUACAGGUUAUAAUGUAUUCUCAAUAAAAUACUC